AUGAGUGCACAACCAAAUGUUGUUUCCUCAAAGGGUAGAAGUAGCCUUUCCUUUUCUCCCUUUGUAGUGCAAAAGGGUAGGUUUAUGUUUAAGCUUGAGAAACUUGAAACUAGGAUCUUUGCUAUAGCCUUUGAUUCUGGGGUUCAAGGGCAUUAUGAAAACUUUUGUUUGGUUGGGAAGGUGUUUGGUGCGUAUGUACCUAGGAGAAUUAUUUGCAAUAGAUUUAAGAAUGGCUGUAAUGUUCUUCAAAGAGACUUUUCCAUUGAUCAUAUGGGAAGGGAUUGGUUCAAAGUCGAACUUUCCUCUGAAGAAGACAUUGAUUAUGUGCUUGAGAACAGGCCUUGGUUUGUUCAAGGCCAUAUUUUUCCUUUGAAGAGAUGGACACUUGAUUUCUCACCUUUUCAUGCUUCUAUUGAGUCUGUUGUUGGUUGGGCUCGUAUUCCUUUCCUUCCCCUCCACUAUAGGGAUGUUGAGGUCUUACAAGAUCUUGCCUUCAUUCUAGGAACUCCCUUUAGAAUUGAUGAAGCAUCCCUAAUUGGAAAUCCUUGA